AUGGUGAUUGCUGGAGGGCCUGAGCUGUCGCUAGAGCGCGCUGCCAAUUCCCAGACGGUGGCCGAAAAGGCGACCAUGGCGACGAAGCCCCCGCUGCCACCGGUUCCGAAGCCCGGGACAGCAGUCUCUGAAAUGCCUCCUCCCCUCGUACCCGCGGUUCCUGCUGCGGCGUUGACGCCUGCCGGGUCUGCGCCUGUCCCUGCGUCGUCUGCUCCGGCUGCUGCAACCGUUCCCCUGGCUCCCCCUGUCGUGGCACCGGCGACUGUCCCUGUCGCGGCUGAUGUUGAUCCGCCAGUUCCUGCUCCUGCCGCACCUGAUGCAACGCCCGCUGCUGUCCCCGCCGUGCCGGCGCCUUCCGCUGCUUUGUCACCGCAGGCGGCGUCUGCCACCACUGGCGGCCCGGCUCCGAUGGUUGCGCCCCUGGCGCCUGCAGGGACGCUGGUGGCCCAGGCGGGUCAGCCAUCGCGCCCUUCCUCGCCUGACCGCCGCUUGUCUCGCCCCCAUUCUCCUGCGCUCCACCAGGAGCGCGCGUCGUCAAGGCGCCGGCGUGAUUCACCCCGGCGCAACCAGCAGCAGGCGCAGUGGCCUGCUCACCCUGGUGGCAAUGGGAGCUGGAGGGGCCCCCACGGGCAUGGUGGUGGCGGGAGAUACCGUCCGCCUGUGACAAUGGCGGAUCUCCAGCGGGAGGUGUCGCGGGCCGUGCGUGAGGAGAGGGCGGCGCAGAGUCAGAGCAGUUCGCUGCGGGCUGCGCCGGCGCCUGUGGCUCCUCGUCAAGCUGAGCCUCCUGUGGCCCCUCCGUCGGCUGCUGCAUUUCCUCCUCCUGUCCUCGCCCCGUCGGCUCCAUCUCCUUCUGUCUCGGCGCCUUCUCCCGGCUCUCGUCUGCAUUUGCCACCGGUUCCGCCUGUUGCUGGGGUGGAGUUUGUUGCCGCGGGGGGUGGCGCUGCGGCUCAGCAUUCCCACCACGUUGCUGCUGAUGAGUCGCUGCUGUUUCUGACGGAGGCGCUGCAGCCCCCGCAGACGCGUCGUGACACGUACUUGGACGCGGCGGACCAGCUCGCUUCGUUGCUGGCGCCCGUGUUGGAUGCGCCCGCGGAGGGUGGCGCUGCUGCUGCGGGACAGCUUGACGAGGCUGUCCGGGGCCUGAGGCGGCACUUGCGCGCAGGAUCUGGAGCCGCGGCGAUCGGCGCAAGCACGCUUGUGGUCCGGGAGUUGUGGCGCUCCCUGACGGGCGUUCUUCACGCCCUUGGAGCUCACCGCAUGUAG